AUGGCCUCCCGGGUCACGAGGCUGCUCCUGCACCGCCGCCUCGCCACCGCAGUGGAGGCCUCCGCUCGCCACGCGCCGCAGGCUCCCUGCGCCGGCACCGCUGUCUCCAAGGUAAUCCAGCAGCAGCGAUGGAGGAGAACCCUAAACCCCUCUAAACCUCCCCUCAGGGUGUUCGACAGAAUGCCCGUGCCGAUCUCUGCGUUGCCUCUUCCGGCGUUGCUGCCUGUGGUUGUGAUAUGGUGUCAGGAUGUUGCUAAGGCUGAAGCUUCGUCUUUGAAAAAUUCAAGGUGGUACGUGACUAGGUCAAACACUUCAGGUCCUUUGACUACUCGUUAUGAGUGCCGCAAAGUAUUUCCUUGUUCCGUAAGGCCAUGUGCAUCUUACUCUACACAAGCUUCAGACCAGAAGGCAAAACAGGAAGGGAAAGACUUGUCAACCACAGAACAUCCCUUUGAUGAUAUUACCUACAAUAUACCUGAGAAGCCAGUGACAUUUACUGAAGGUGCCUCUUAUAGUCUUGUAAUACUUGCUGGACUCGGAAUUGCAGGGGUGGCUGGAUAUGCUGUGUUCAAAGAGCUUAUAUUUGAGCCAAAAGAGUACAAGAUAUUUGGGAAAGCUCUAGCAAGAAUUCAGAGUGAUAGCCAGGUCACGUCAAGGAUUGGCCACCCUAUUACUGGAUAUGGCCAGGAAACUAGAAAUCGUGCAGCUCGGCAAAGAAUUCCAAAUAAGAUUUGGACAGAUGAGGAUGGUGUUGAACAUGUGGAGGUGAACUUUCUCAUCCGUGGGCCACAUGGAGCUGGAAAAGUGUAUUCAGAGAUGUUCAAAGAUAAUUCUGAUCGGGCAUGGAAGUUCACGUACCUCGUUGUUGAUAUCGUGUCACCACCACAUGCAAAAACACAACUGAUGUUAGAAUCGUACUUACCAGCAUAA